AUGGCAAAACCUACAAAAAAUAAACAAAACAAUGCCACGACAGAUGAUAAACCUAAAGGACGUUCAUUUUGUUGUUCAAUAUUUAUUUAUACAUUUGUUUUUGUAUCCGGUGUUAUUGUUGCAACAAUAUUACCUGAUUUAGCCGGUCAUCAUCUUAAACAACCUUAUGCAAAAGAAUACAGUGCUAUGCUUGAAAAAACAUUUAAAGAUUUACCAAAAUAUUUGAAUAAUUUCGCUGAAACAGCUAAUGUAAUUCGUCAUGAUUUAAUGGAUCGUUUUUGGGUAAUGAAAGCUGAAAUUGAUCGUCGUGUUGCAGAAUUCAAAAAUAAAAAAGAAGAUACAUCAACAACACAAAAAACUACAACAACAAAGAAAACAACAACACAACGUCCAACAACUAAAACAACAACAGCUACAACAACAAAACAAACAACAACUACUCCUCGCUCAACUACUACUACUACCCAGACAACAACAACAACUCCUAAACCAACUACUACUACCACUCAAACAACAACUCCUAAACCAACUACUACUCAAACAACAACAACAACAACUACUAAACCAACUACUACCACUACCCAAACAACAACUCCUAAACCAACUACUACCACUACCCAAACAACAACAACAACAACAACAACUAAACCAACUACCCAAACAACGACAACGACAACUGCGCCUACAACCCAAACAACAACAACAGCAGCUACCCCUAAAUCAACCACUACUACUCAAACAACAACAGCUACUACAGUAAAUUCAGAUCAUGUUCAUACAGUUCGUGCACAUGAUACAACAAUGGCACCACCAACGUUUACUGAAAAACCAGCUGUUGUUGAAUCUACAACUGUUAAAACAGAAAAAAAUCGAGAGCAAUCAUCAGCAACGAAAGAACUUUAA